CUGCACCGCCCCGUAACUCCUUUCUGAGCUCCGCUGGUUAGUUGGCCACGAGCCGUCGCCGGGUACGUGUUGUCUGUGCGCCCUUUUCGUACGCGGUUCGUUCAAUGGUUUUGCUGCUUGGCCGGAUUUUCGCUGUGCUGUCCUGUGUCUGAGUUACCCGAGAACAUAAGACCUCCACAGAAGGCUCGAUGUCAUUCCUUGAGAUGUUUGUUUACCUCGAUUAGUGUCUCCUAAUAUUCAGGAAGAUAUAGAAAGCUGUUAACUUGAUUCGUAAACCGAAGACUCGUGUUGGGAGUGAAAGAAAACCGUCAUUUGAGUCAGAAGGAAUGAUCGGUGAUGAAAAUACUGGCAUAAUGGCAAGUUUAAGUUAUUUAUAAGGAAAAAUGCGGUAAUGUUCGUAUUUGUAGUUAAGUGGAAUAAAACAUUGAAUUUCAGAUCGUCUCCACGCCACCGUGAGAUGUUUGUGCAAGUGACUUGGUGAGAUUAGGUUUUAUAAAGAGUAAGCCCUACGGAAAGGUUCACAAUAACAUAAAAUUAAAAAAAAAAAUCAAUUCAGUAGUUCAUUGGCCGGUAAUUUUCACGGCAUAGGACCGACCAGGUGUAAAAAAAAAGUACAUUAAUAUUUUCUAACUGGAAGAGAUAAGGUGUAUUUUCGAUACGCAGUCAGUUUUGCUUAAGAUGGGCGAGACCUAUGAUACAACUGACGAUAAAACUGUUGGUGUCGGCGGCUGAAAAAGGAAUAAAAAGAGCAGAACACCUUUUAGCGCUAAUCAUGUAGAAAUUCGUGAUUUUCUGUUCACAAAAUCACUUUCUCUCGAACCUGUCUUGGAAUAACACCUUUAUUGCUGUGGAGUGUUGUACCUUUCAAGAAUAAGAAAGUGUUUCCUCUUUUCCUCUUCAGACGGCAGCUUUCUCUUCCGGUUGAGGAAUCCGAAGAAUGUUUAAAUAUAAAAACAAAAUCGGAAAAUCAUCAUUUAGUUCAUGCGAGACAGGCUUCAAAGAUUAGCGUAUUGGUUUGAUGUUGGCUUUGCUCCCCGCAAUGCGAAGGCUUAUAAAAAAUGUGAGAAAAUAAGGUCUUCAGAUCACCGUAACUGUUAAAAUUACAUUCCAAGAGAUCAUUUAUGAAUUUUGAAAGCGCAAUACAUUUUAUUUCGAGGAAACCGCACUGUAAAAACAUUAGAUUGUAACUUCGGAUUUGAUACAUUUUUACAGAAACCUACGAUAGACAGGAACACUUUAGUUUCUCUCUGCCCCUCGCUCUCUCUCGUUUCAUGCUACGUUAGAGAAUGUCGAUGAAUUCCAUGACCUGCGCAAGAAACAGAGGGGAAGAGAAAGAAUCCUACAGCAGAUCCUGAGGUAUGGAAUCAAAAUCGAGGGUCGCAAGAGCAAUUCCAAAGGGAGCCUACGACAAAUGUAUUCACUCAUUUUGACAAAACAGUGAAAGCUGGAGGGGCUAUUCUUAACAGCUCAUGACCAAUAAUAAUGGUAGAUUUCAUUCGAACUUUGAAUUUUAUUCAGAAGUGGUGUUGCGCUCUUUCUCAGAGAGAAGUGGACCUACCUCAGCUCUAAUAGAAGUAAGAGGACAAUUUUGAAACGAAAAGAGUUAUGUUCUGUUGGCGACUUUUCCGAUAAGUGCCAACUUAAGAGAGCGCUCAUUGGUAACUGUGUGACUAAGAGGUAUUGUUCCAUACAAACUAACAAUUGGCCAAAAUGAACUUUUCCACGGUAUACCAGUAAUGAUUUCAUCUCAAUUACUAUAACUCUGAAUAUUUAUUCCAGCCCUGGUUACACUUGUGUUGAGAUCUGUGCUUGUGUAGUACUAUCAAAUAUAGUACACUGUAUAUUAUUAUUGGUUUUUCCAAAGUUCAUGGAAUUUCACAAAGCGAGGAGACCUGAAAUAUCCUUUGUUUAUAUUCGAUCUAAGCGUGGAAGCAUCUUGAAAUUAGACAUAAUAAUCAUAACCGGAAUAGACAAACAGCCGAGGUAAAGCAAGCGCCAAACUCUCCAGGAACAACGACCGUACAACUCUUAAGAAGACAGGAAUUCGGGAGCCCCCGGACACCCGGUGGGACCCGGGAAGGCCUAUCCGUCUAGGAACGGACCAAAGCGGAAACACAGCCCAUCAUCUCCUGUCGUCUUGAGAGCUAUGUAAACUUUGUCAAUGAAGGGCCGCUGUGCAUCUGGUCCCAGGAGAGGAAGUGCCGAAAUAUUCAUGAGGCGAGGAGAUAGAAUAACCGCCAUGGCUUUGAUGAUGGUGGUUUUCCUGUUUGCAUUGUGUCUUCCACAGUCUAUGGCCUGGGCUCAGGUGGAAGAUCGCCAUUAUUGGUACACUCAAGCCAAGGAUCAGAUGGGGGAGCUGUUGGCCGCCCGUCGCACGAGCAACGGCUACGCCAAAAACGUCAUCCUCUUCGUGGGCGACGGGAUGGGCGUCUCAACCGUCACCGCCGGCAGGAUACUGAAAGGGCAGCGCCUGGGGCAGAGUGGGGAGGAAUUCAGACUCUCCUUCGAAAAGUUUCCCUUCGUUGCUCUAUCCAAGACUUACAACUUGGAUGCACAGAUCGGGGACUCUUCUGCCUGUGCCACAGCACUCAUGUGUGGCGUGAAAGCGAACGUCAACACAGUAGGACUUGAUCAUCGAGGCAAGUUCGAAGAUUGCCUCUCAAGUUACACGGCUGGGGCCACUUCGCUCAUCGACUGGGCCCAGAAACAUGGGAAGAGCACUGGCAUCGUUACGAACACGCGCUUGACACACGGGACACCGUCUGCCCUGUAUGCGCGAUCCCCCUCCAGGUAUUGGGAAGACAAUGCUAAGAUUCCCAGCCAUUCCCACGCGUCUUGUAAAGACAUCGCCAGGCAGCUAGUCGAAAACGAACCAGGAAAGAACAUCAACGUACUGUUGGGAGGCGGCAGACGCCACUGGAUCCCUACGACAGAGCGCGACAGAGAGGAGCGCGACCAGAGAGGACGUCGAACGGACGGACGAAACCUCGUCGAUGAUUGGGUGCACGACAAGAAGACGAGGGACCUACACGCAGAGUAUGUCUGGAACAAAGCUCAGUUUGACAACGUUGACCCACGUCACACCGAUUAUCUGCUGGGCAUCUUCGGGUACUCGCACCUGGACUUCGAGGUGGACAGGAACAAAGGUCCCUCGGGAGAUCCGUCGCUUGCUGAGAUGACGGUCAAAGCCAUUCAGAUCCUCAGCAAGAAUCCGCACGGCUUCUUCCUGAUGGUGGAAGCUGGACGACUAGACCAUGCCCAUCACUACAACAUGGCAUCGCGGGCACUGGAUGAGGUAGGGCGUUUGGACGAGUGCGUUGAAGUGGCACUCAAGAUGACCGGAAGCCACAAUACCCUCCUAGUCGUAACUGCAGACCACUCACACACCAUGAGCUUCGGCGGGGCAGCCGUGCCCAGGGGGAACCCUGUCCUUGGGCUCGACAAGGAGAUAAGUGACCUCGACGGGAAGCCCUACACGACCCUGAUCUAUGGGAAUGGGCCAGGUUACGCCCACACCACGCCCACGGGGAGGCAGGAUCUCACGGGAUUCAAUACUGAAGAUAUCAAUUUCGUCCAGCAGGCGGCAGUUCCGAGAAAGUACGAGACUCACGGUGGAGAAGACGUACCAGUAUACGCCAAGGGCCCAGGGGCCCAUCUCUUUACGGGCACAGUAGAACAAACAUACAUCGCCCAUGCCAUUGCCCAUGCGGCCUGCAUAGCUGACGACAACACGCACUGCGAGAAGCCUCCAAGCGACGACGCAUGCGCAGCGGCCCCUGCCCCCGCCCUCACCCCGACCUCCAGACGCCCACUGGGUCACAGCACGACCGCAGAUCAAGAGCGCAAACCGAACCUCGACCCAUGGGCGUGGAAUACAGGGUCGAAAGCCCUCGCCUGGGCCUCCUACUAUUACAUGUUGACAUUACUGAUGCUCCCGGUGGUACUGGUGCUUCGUUGACCGUGCCAAAGUCGCAGACGUAGGCCUAGUCUUUAUUUUUGCAAUAGUGAAUUUUCCUGGAAUAGAGCCGCAAGGCGGACGUUUGAACGAAGCGUCGCCCACUGCGAGUCUUCCUCCGUGAAGCGAUAUAUUUAUAUGUUUGUCAAGAAUGUUCCCUUUUGCUGCAGAGCGAAUGCGACAUUGAUCAGUCGAAAGACAUCGUCUUAGGUUAUCAUUCUGUCACGAGUCGUAAACAUUGUCACUUGAAGAUCAUUAUUUUCUUGUAGGCUGUUUGUUUUUUGUUUGUUUCCUGGUUCGAGGUGUAAAAUAUAGUGAUAGAGUACUUUUGGGAGAACUCUUGGAAAUGAAGCAAACGGAAACAAAAUAUUAUGGCGAUGGAACAGAAGAACAAUUUUAGAGUGAUACAAUAACGGUAUUCUGACCUCCUCUGCUGACAUGAGUGCUGAAGUGAAAUAGGAUUACCCACAGUGAUUAUUCUUGUAUGAUAUACGCUGCUCUCAAUACAUUUCUGAAUAGAAAACGCCAUUGCAGAUUUUCCUCUUUAUUAUAUUUAGCAUUGCUCUUAUUAUUCAGGGUAAUAUAUGCAAUUUUGUUCAAUGACUGCUUGAAUUAUUCAAUUCGCAGCUGAGCGGUCUUUAGAAUUCUUUGUUUGGAUUCUGAAAAUUUUGAAGCAAGAGAUCUCAUGACUUCACUUACUGUAGGUACUUAGAUUAUCAGGAAAAGUGAAGAGAGCCAAAAAUGAACUAAGAUUAUUUUUUGACUUUACUAUCGUCUACAAAAUUGGUGUAAAGAAAAAAUUCGUAGUCUGUCUCUCAGAUUUGAUAAAUAAGCACUGGUUCAUCACAACUAAAAUUAAUUUCAUCGGGAAGUUUUUUUAUGUAAAUGGUUGCAGUACGUCAUACUUGUUACUUCAUGGGUGCGGCAGGGACUUUGAGCCAUCACUCAUUGAUAAUGCGCGCGCGCACAC